UCGGUGAAACUGGUUAGUGGUGAAGUUGAACAAAAAUCGCGCGCGCAAGAAAAACGUUCAUUACCACGUUGUUGAGCACGUGCUGCCCGGGACAAUGUUACGAUUAAUUACGACAGUUGCAUCACUACUGUUGGUGCUCUUGAUACAGAUCCGCGGAUCAGAGAUUCUGAACGAUGCCCACAUCUAUCGAUCGUUUGCAUCGAACGAGAUUGUUCCGGAUGUGGUGGACGAAGCGCCGGACUGUUGGCUUCGAGUUGCGUACAAAAGUGGUCGCGAAGCGGAAGGUGGCAAUCGAUUAACUCCGACCCAAACCAGAAGUGUUCCGUCGCUAAGUUUCAAUACGAACGAGAGGUCGUUCUACACGUUGUUAAUGACCGAUCCCGAUACCCCGAGUCGUGAUGACCCGAGAGAUAGGGAAUUCGUGCACUGGGUCGUUGGUAACAUCCAGGGGAACGAUCUAGACCGAGCGGAAACUCUGGUGGAAUACGUUGGAGCUGUUCCACCCAAGGGAAGCGGAAUGCACCGGUUUGUGUUCCUGUUGUACGAACACGAAUCUCGACUGAACUUCACAACGGAGGUGCGUCUCUCCAAUCGCUGUCGCAACCCCCGGCGAUACUUCUCCUCAAGGAACUUCGCCCAAAAGUAUGGACUGACCAAUUUGUGGGCGGGCAAUUUCUUCCAGGCGCAGUACGAUGACUACGUGGCGCAACUGCAGGGACAACUGUCCGAAUGUACAUCAGCCGAUCUGAAUGGCCCGAGGAAUGGAACCGUGUUCGGCGGUUGAGUGCUCCGUGAUUUGAAUUAAUGUGUUUAAUGGAUUGAAAUAUAAGUUGAAUAAAAUGUGAG